UCUCACUCAGUUUAAUCAAUUCUUCGCUGUUCUUCUUCCUCAAUCAAACAAAGAAACAGGGCAAGAAUAUGGGUGGAGACGGAAAGCUCUAUACUUUGGCGGAGGUUUCCCAACACAACCAUGAUAAAGACUGUUGGCUUGUAAUUGAGGGCAAGGUUUACAAUGUGACUAAAUUCUUGGAGGAUCAUCCUGGUGGUGAUGAGGUCUUAUUGUCUGCAACAGGGAAAGAUGCAAGUGAUGAUUUUGAGGAUGUUGGUCAUAGUAGCAGUGCUCGAGCGAUGAUGGACGAGUUUUAUGUGGGUGACAUCGAUACAUCAACCAUCCCAACUAAGACCAAGUACUCCCCACCCAAGCAGCCACACUACGAGCAGGACAAGACCUCAGAUUUUGUUAUCAAGCUUCUCCAAUUCCUCGUUCCCUUGCUGAUCUUGGGAUUGGCCUUUGGCGUCCGUUUCUAUACCAAAUCACCCGCUUAAUCAUCGAGAGUGCAACCUAAGAUCGAAAGAAAAAGAACUUCACAAUAUGAUUAUGUUAAUUAAAAGUUUGUUUGGAAUUGUCACAUAUUAUGGGAUGGUCGAACUUCGAUAUUACAAUAUUUGCUCGUGCCCCAUUUUCUCUGUAAUAUCUACCCCUGUUCUCCUUGGCCUGUAUUUGGUAAAACUACCAUUUCUUUCUGGUUUG